AACAAAGAUUUUAUGAAUUAAAACAAAUUAAGAACAACAUUACAUAAUUGGUUUCAAUAUCGUAUUUAUUGUUCUCACAUUAUUUUCUUUGUCCCUGUCGCAUAGUUUGUUCGGUAUCGAUGCGACCUUGUACCAAAGUUCAAAUGAUCUAAAGGCUAUUUUUAUAAUAUAUCGGUGGCCUUGUAAAUCAAUAUUAAGCUUCGUACUUGCAAUAAACAUUACAAUCUAACAGAUUAUAAUUUCUCGCACGGAUUAAGAAAACAAAGAAAAGUGUCCAUCAUCGACAGUUAUAUGAAAUUUUAUUUCUGAUAUAUAAUAGUUAACUAAAUUUAUGGAACGUUGUAUUCGAUACAUUAAAUAGGUACGAUUCAAGACAUUCAAGAAGCAUGUAAUAAGAUGAUUACCCAACUAACUGGCUUCCUACAGUCGUUGAACCAAAACCACACCUCGCUUGUGAAAGUACGGCAAAGAGAAAGUGAGGAUCACGUUAGAACAUGAAACGUCCAUACUCGAUACACAGCCGCCAACCAGUCGGAGCACAGAAACUUUCUUUAACCCACUUUCAUAAUCUCGCCUCUCGCUAUUCAGUGUGUAGUGUCUGGUGUUUGUGAGUGGUAUGUGCCCUACCAUCGGGAACAGAGUGUAAUCCCGGCCGUGGUGGUGGUUGAGUGACGUGGGGGAAUCGAAUGACUCAGUGGGACAGUGAUUUUUUCUUUUUUUUCUCCCGCCACGGCGGAAAAGUAUUCUGAAUAUGUGCGAUAUGCAGAAAAUGCCAACAAGAGACGAUGCGUCUUGCGACGAGGACUCGGAUAUGAAUUUCACUACAUUCUCGGCUGUGGGUGCAACGGGAACACAUUUUGUCACAGCGGGUGGACAGUUGCCGGUCACUAAAUUACAACAGAAUGUCUCCAAUAACGGCACACCCCUGUCUCAGGUGGUGGGAAUGGUGAGCGGAGUGAAUAUGAGUGAAGGUGUGCAGUAUGUACGAGCGAUUGAUUCAUCGUCUCUCCAGGUGGGGCCUCAACUUAUAUCAGUGCCAAUUGCCUUACCUGGAACAAAACCCGGUGACCCCCAGCCCACAGUGCAGAUUCAGGUCCUAAGUCCAAAUCUAACGCUGCAACAGCAACAACCAAAAUAUCAGAUGCAAAUACCAAUUCAAGGAUUUCAACAAGGUGGAGCGGUACUCACAGUGGCGUACUCGCCGGAUGGGAACGAAUCUGGUGGGAUACAACUCAUAGGAAACACAUUACCAGAAGGUCUACAAGUGCUGGCGUUGCCUCAGGAGAUGCAAUUGAUACAACAGGAAAAUAAGGAACAAGUACAGCAAAACAUACAACAUCAGGUGUUCAUAACGCCCAACAACCAGAUCGUGAUCAACGGCCCCGACAAGUCCGUGAACAACAACAACGACGGUGACGUCACCAACAUCGUCAUCAAGGAGGAGUGUAAUGACGACAACAACGAUGACAGUUCCCAAGGCACGGACACAGAUGGCGUCCCCUGGCAUAUCGGUCAACCGUCGCAGGCUCUCGUUAAAUACCUCAACACUCUCGCGCCACAGCAAACGCAAGCGUUGCCGGUGUCCUUACAGCAGUUCCUGAGACUGAACCCCACCGAGACUAAGAAGGUUGAGGCUGAGGACAUUGACAUGACCCCAGAGGAAGAUAAGAAAGAGGUGAUCACUGAAGCCGUCUUAGAAGAAGAUGGUACUUUACGAGUUCAGACAAAGAAGAAGAAGAAAUACAAGAAGAAAGCAGCUAAGCCGGCGCGGCCGAAGCCGGGGCAGGUGAUUAUAGCGACCGCUGCCGACGGUACGCCCGUGUACUGCUGCCCGCAGUGUGACAUGGCCUACCCCGAGAAAGAUCAGUUGGAGAUGCAUCUCUCCGUACACAAGAUCGAGAGACGAUUCAUAUGCGGAAUAUGCGGGGCUGGGCUCAAACGUAAGGAGCACCUUGAGAGACACAAGCUGGGUCAUAACCCAGAGCGGCCGUACGUGUGCGGCGCCUGCGGGAAGGGCUUCAAGAGACGGGAACAUCUCAACCUGCACGCUGUCAUACACUCGGGCGUCAAGACGGAGAUGUGCGGGGAGUGUGGGAAAGGAUUCUAUCGCAAGGAUCAUCUCCGUAAGCACACACGUUCACACGAGAGCAAGAGAGCGAGGGACGAGGCGAACAACGACUGUAUGGAGACCAAGACUGGCAACACCAACGCUAACGUUAACAUCACAAACACCAACACCAUCAUGCCGGAGAUUACGAUACACGUGCCGACAAGUUCUAAUAUGCAGGUCCCCGUUCAGAUCAACAUCCCUCAGCACGUGAUGUCGUCUCUGGUGGGACAGACGCACACACACACGCACACCAACACACACACGCACAUGCACGCCCACGACGAGGCGGGGGAUGCGCACGCGCAGCUCGACGCGCUCCUCGCGCAACACACGUGACACGGACGCACACAGACCUCGGCGAGACGUCGCGUCUAGCGUGGAAUGUUCCGACAACGCUUCCAUUAACUGAAAAUUGGUUGUAAAUUUGAUGUGUAACUACAGCGGACGGCGUCUACACGCUUUCUGAUAGUGCUUGUAGGUGUAAAGGAUAAGAGCUUUAUGAACAAAAUGUAUUUUGAAGCUUGCUCGAAAUUAAAUAAAAUUAAUGGAACACACACACACACACACACAUAUAUAUAUAUAACU